AUGAGCUUAUCUAGUAUAUUAAUUGUUCUCAUCAUAUUGCUUAAAUGUGCGAUUGCUGGGAAUGUGAAAUACAUUAAUUUUUAAAUGGACUACUCUAACAUAGGUUUAGCAAGAAAGCUAUUUUUCACAUUUUAGCUGGACACUUAUUUCCCUAAUUCAGGGUAUAUGCAGAUAUAACUACCAUUUGAUUAAGCUACUUUACCUACAGGCUAUAUCUACUAAUCAAGUGCAUAAACGUGCAACUCGUAAAAUUUUCCUAUUGUUCAGAUACCAAUUACAAUUGAAGGUGCAGUAGCAGGAGCAAAUAAUGUUUACUGGAUUGAUUUUCCUUAGGAUUUAAGUAAUCAAAAUGUUUACACACUUGUUAUUGUAUUAAGUGCUCCUGUUGGUAGUGGAGUUUUUAAUAACCCUUUAAUCUAAUUCAGGCCUGUUUCAAUAACUACAUAUUCAUCUCUAAACAAAGCAAAUCCCUCUACAUUGCUUAUUUAUGACACCAACCCUGUAUUCACAAUGAUUAAUUUUGAAGCAUAAGUGGCUUCAAGUUUGAAUACUCAAGUUCUCUCUGGUGGCAGUGGUAAUCUUUAAUCAAGCAGUAUUGUAGUUGUUAGAUUAAAACCAACCUAGCAACAAAUUAGAAGAGUUGAUAUCUCUUUACCUUAAUCAGUAGGAAUAUCUUUUGAUAAUAGUGAUCCCACCACAUUCUGUUAAGUUGCCACUCUUAUUCUAAAUUAAGAUUUUACAUGCUAGUAGAGUGCUUAAAAUGAAGUUCUUAUUACUUUUUCAAGCGAUUUGCAAAAUUAAAAUUAUGAUAUAUCACUAAAAAUUAACUUCCCAACUUUUAAUGAUAACUCAGAUGUUUAAGUUGUAGGCAUGCGUGCAGGAGACAAUGUUGUUAUGGAAUGGAACACAAUUGCUAAUGCCGUUUCAACUAUAGUUCCUAGUUGGACAUCCAGACAAAUCUUUGGUUUUUAAAAUUAGUUACUGUCAUCUUCUGUUUGCGUUUAUAGGGGAUCAUCUGCUACUGACUACACUUAUAACACCUUAAAAUUUACUUUUUAGGUGAGCUAAGAUUUAUUAGCUGGAAUUAAUUAUAGAUUAGCUAUGGAUCUAACAGUAGAUUCAUCAAUUCUUGAUAAUUCAAUCGUUGUUUAAAAUUUAGUUAGCUUUUCACCAACUUAAUAAAUCAAAUGCUAUAGUAUUAAUAGCAAUUCUAAAGUAUAAUGUGAUAAUGUUUAAAAUUUAAAAGCUGGUACAGUUUAUUCGAUUCAACUUAGAGUUAGUUUAGUCUAUAUCAGUGGUGCUACAGCUAAUUAAUUCAAAUCAGGAUUUGGAAAACUUGAAAUUUAUCCCUUUUAGAAUAAUCAAUAUUACACCAAGCCUUCUGUUUUAUUUGAGACAAAUGCUAAUUUAGCUGCUUUAGUCAAUAAUUUAUGCAUUCAAAACAACUUUAAUUGGCUAAAUUAAAUUACUGCUAAUAAUAUCAAUGAUUACCAAGUUGUGCAUUCAAGAUCAGAUGGUUCCAUAGCAACACCAAUAAGUACAUAUGGAAUAUUUGGAGUUAAAGUAGGUACUAACUAGAUUCUUCAAUUUUAUAAUGAAUUCAUCUCAAACGACUUUAAUGGAACUCCUAAUUCUAAAUCCUAACUAUAAAUAUCUGCAAAUUACAGAAUUAUUGCUCCUCAGUCUUCAUCUACAUGCAUGACCACAGGAACACCUUAUACUUGUAACUUUAUUGCUCCUGCAUCAGGUGAUCCAUAUUAGAUAGUUAAAUUUUAGUUUGCAUUUUAAGUCGAUGCUGAUGCAGCUGCAUUUAUUGCUGGUGCUGGAUCUGUAAUAUCUUUUGAUGCUAUAGAUGUUAAAGCUAUGAGUUCAGUACAGCCCUCUGAUAAUUUUAACAGUGAUUAUAUUUUCAAAAUCAUUCCAGACACAACAAACCCUACCAAUAAUGUAAAAACUGCUAUAGUAAAUGGUUUUGUACUCCCAACCAACCUCUAUACAGACAUAAAUAUAAGUUUAGUUAACCUUUGGACAGGAACUACAAACGGAAAUGAUGCAAAUUUAGUUCCUACAUUUAUUCGUAUUAAUGUUUUCUUUUCCUCUAACUAGCCUACCGUUACUUAAGGAAAUUGGAUUGUCUUUUUCGAUAACGUAAAUUUCUUACCUGAUCCUAAAGUCUAAUCUAACCCAAGUUGCUCAAUAACACAAACAUCUACAGUGUGUGGAUACUAGGCUGGAAAUUAAAAUAGCUAUCACUAUUUAUUCUAAAAUUAUUUUACUUACACUAGUAGUAUUCCUUAAAUGCCAAGUAUUGAUUAGUCUUUUACUGUUCUUAUACCAGUUACUACAACAGCAAACAAAAAUUAGAUUCGUGUUCGUACAGCUCUUUUGGAUACUUCAGGAAAUAUACAAGGCUUAAGCAAGUAAUACUAGUUUUAGUUUAAAGCAGCAGGAGUUACCCAGUAAGCAAUUAUAUCUGAUUAUAACACGCUCUAAAAUACUAAUUUCGAAGGAUUGAAUUUCUUAUUCAAUGUUGGAAGCAAUCUAGUUGGAGAUACAGUUUCUUCAGCCAAAGUAAAUGUUGUGGCUGCUGAUUUUUAAAAAAUUCUUAAUCCUAAUUCAGCUACUUAGUAAGGAACAGGUAUCACCAUUACAUCAACUCAUAAUCUAGUUUCUGAUCCUGGCUUCGAUGUCUAAGAUGGAGGAUUUGGCUUAAUAAGUUCAAAACCAUAGGAAAAAUGUAUUAAAUUUGGCUAUCUUUACAGUGACAAAACAGGCAGAUACGGUUUUUACUGCCCUCUAAAAAGCACUGUUGGGCAAAGCACAUUAACUAGUUAUCUAAACGUUUUAAAUCUUUCUCUACCCUGGGAAACUGGAACAAGCAUGCCAAAUAUAGUGGGCACCUUCAGCAAUAAUGUUCCCAUUUAAGAUCCAGGUUUCGAUGUCACAGGCAUACUGCUGAAAUACACAGUUGACAACACUCUAAAUGCUAUGCAGCCAAAUGUUUUAAAAUCAAUAAUUACAGAUAUCGAUUUACCCAUUUCAUAAAGGUUUGUUAAACUUUCAGUUACAUUUACUACAACAAAUUAAUUACCUUCGCAAUUUAACUUUGUUAUCACUUCUCAAAAUGGGUCAAGCUAACCCUUCCUUUUUACUGUAAGUUAAAUAGUUUUAUGCCAAAUUUAUCAAUAAAAUGCAAAUGGGUUGUUUACAUUAGUUACUCAAUCAUGCAAGUAGAUAUUUAGAGAAUUUUAGAUUAUAAUCUAAGUUUCAAAUGGAUCAAAAUCUCUAUCUGCUGGGACAUAUAAAAUCCGUAUAGGUGGUAUAAAUGUUAUUGAUAAUCCACUGAUGAGACAAUAGGCUUAUUUUGAGACAUAAACAAUCACUGGAAAGACUAUUGAUAAAACUCCUAAUCCAUAUGCUAUUUAUUACAAUUUCAAACAAAAGCAGCUAAGCUUAUCAAUAACUAACUAAAGUUUCUUGAUUCCAAAUAAGUAUGCUAUGACUAUAUUUUCAUUUACCUUCACAGUUUAGGGACGUGCAAUUUAUUCUGAUGAAGAAAUUAUUUUUAACCUAGAUGCUUUCAGCGUAGAUAACAACAUUAAUACUCCUAUUUGCAGAGUUAUUGAUCCUAUUACUUAAAAUAUUUCACCACUUUGGAACUCAUGUUAUUUUAAUGGUAAAUUUUCACUCCUCACUUUAACGCCUAUUGGAGAUAUAAGUAAUCUAGACUAAAAUGGAGUGUUAAUGAAUUCCUUUAUAGUGCAAAUACAGAAUAUUCGUGUGCCGAGGACACCUGUCUAAUAGUAUUAUAUUAGUGGCUAUGUUUAUAACAUUCAAGAUUAAUCUCAACCUAUUUUAUACUAACAAAAUAUUCCUUUGCCUGGCAGAUAGGAUGAAAAGACUAUUUAGUAAUUCACAUAACUCGUUUUAUAAAAUAAGAAAUUUAACACAGUAGGUUCAUUAUCUUAAUUCUAAUUCUCAAUAAAGCCUACAUAGUCAUUCUUAGAUUACAAUUCUAUGAUAUUGAUUUAUCUCCCAUCUUAUUAUCCACCUCUUCCUGAUUUCGCCUAACCUGUUUGCUAUAUAUAACUAAUUGACGUGACAUCAAACUAACCAAAUACCUUCACCCGUUGUGAAUACUUGCAAGACAGAAUGAUUGUAAUCCGUGACAUUUUCCCAACUUUACAAGUUAAUUAUGCCUAUUAAGUUACAGUUAGUGGUAUACCCUAACCAUUAUUCACUGCUGCUUAAACCAUAUUUAUAGCUCUAAUUCAAAAAUAUUAUGAUAUAACAUCAACUGUUAACGAGUAUUUAGAAGUUUUGGAUAUAGCUCCUAAUAAUCCAAAUGCAAACAUAGUAAGGGUUUCAGCUUUUUCAAAGACAAAAACAACUUGGAUCCAACAAGACAAUUAUGUCUUUACUCUUAGAGUAUCAAAUAAUGUUGCAGCAAAUUCUUAUUUAGCAGUAGACUUCCCAAGUGAAUGGGUUGAUAAGAAUCAAAACAAGCCGGCAAUAACUUGCUAUUUGUAGUAAGCUUCUUCAGCAAAUGUAGCUUUCCCUUGUUCUUAAAAUGGAUACAGGAUUAUUGGCUAAGUUGCAAGUCCUAUUACUGCAAAUACUGAUUAUACUUUAAUUAUAAAUGGGUUUAGCAAUCCUCAUUAUAGUUUGUGUAUAGGAUAAGGAGUUACUGUCUAAAUAGCAGAUAGCUAAAUGAAUUAAGUUACUUAAAGGUCUUAUGUCACAAUUAUGAAUAUAGGAAACUUAGUUUUUGAUUAAGGUUUAACUUCAGACACAAUUUUUAAAUGGUAGCUCAUAACGAAUGAUAAUGUCUAAGAUGGAGAGUAAACUUAUUCUACUAUUCCUUCUUUGCUAACAGUCUACAUAGGAACAUAUUCUAGGAGACUUCGUUUAUCUGUAGCAGAUGGUAAUCGUAUUGCUAAUGAUUUCUCACUUUAACUUUAAUCAACUCCCUCUGGCUAGACACCAUUUUCAACUUAUCCUACUAUAAUAAAUAUGAGCGUUGGUGAUUACUACGUAGAUAUUAGAAUAGGUGCACAAAAUACAGUUACACCUGGUAUCUACAGUAUUUAUUUCUAGCUGAACAAUGGCGGUUAAUAUAAUAUCCCUCCAGUAGUUAAAGUCUAAAUAUUAAGCACUUCUUAUGGUAUUCCCAAUCCCUCUAUCAACAACAUAGUCGUGCCAAUCUUGGGUUACAGUCUUCCAAUUUACUGGAAUAUGGAUGCCGCUGUUCCUAUUAGUUAGUUUAAAUUAGAAACGGAUAUUGCUAUUUACCCAGACCUUGUUCUAGACUAUAAGGCAUAUAGUGAUAUGACAUUCUCGAUUACAAAAACUAGCGAUUUUAUUACAUUGAAAAGUGAUGCUGCUCCUAUUGUAUCUGACACUACUUCAAAAGUUAAUUUGUAUAUUGAUCCUAGUUACAAAAAUUACUUUUAGCUUAUUUACAAUACUGUCUUAAUUACUUUAGUUUAAACAAAUACUUAAAAGCCUUAAACUAUAAUUAGUAUUUCGAAUAAUCUUUGUACAAGUGUCACAUUCACAUUAAGUAGUAACCAACCAACACUAGUUUAUUACCAAAUUUAGCUAGCUUCAUCUUAACUCCAAUUUAACUUUAAUAACACUGUAGAGUAGGUGCGUAUUUUGACUUAGUAUUAAUUUGAUGAUGUAGACUAAGUUUAAUAUGGUAUGUUCCCAGUAUACUUGGCUAACACUGUCUAUAAACUUACGAUCCCUAAUCUCUUUUCUCAGCGUUCAUAUUCAGUCCAAUUUUUCCCAAUUAAUGAAAAUUAAGUUCUGGGAGACACUUAAUAGUUUUCUGUAGUGCCUAAAUCUAACCUCGAUUAUUUAAUUAAAACAAAACUAUAUACCACUGCUAUCCUUUCAACCUAACAUAUGGUAUAUUUAGCAUGCUAACACUCUUAUAUGUUCUUAUAUCCAUAUAAAAGAGUUCGUUCUAUUUAUGAAGACUAUUGUGAUCCUAAAGUUACUUCAGCUUCUUUACCUUAAGUUUAAACAGCAACUCAACAGUAAGUUUACUAUUUCUACCUUUAUCCAUUUGAGUAUAUUGAACUAGUGGAAUAGGCUGGAACUGUAUAUGCUUCUGCUAGCCUUAAAAAUAAUUAAAUUUCGGCAUUUAAAACUAAAUUUACCAGUAUUUUUAGUGCUUUAGGACUCCCUGUUCUUGAUGAUUUCUAAUAUGGUGGAAAAGUUAUAAUUUAUCCUCCUGUUUUUACUUCACAAGGUUAAGUUACAAGCACCAAAAACUCUUUAGUAGUAACAGGAAUCACACUUUAAAACAAUGGAAUCAUAUUUGCAAUCUUAGAAAGACUUAAUAUCAGCAUAAAAGGUAGAAUUUAGUAUGUAAGUGAACCUACCUUUUUGUAAGUCAGAUCAGGAUUAAAUAAUACUGAUCAAGUAGCUUUAGGAAAAGCUCAUGCUGUUUACGAAGGAACUCCUAUAACAUUUGAAUUUGAUAAUUUAGAACCUGGAAACCAUUACAGGGUAGUCAUGUAUGCAACUUCUGAAGAUCCUUCUUAAUAUAAAAUGGUUACUACUAACGUAACUUCAGUAGAAAUUACACUUCCUGCCCAUUCUAUAAUUUUAUUAUCAUAAUAUUCGCUUUUAGCAUUAAUAUUAAUAACUAUUUUUUCAUGA